AGUCUGAGUUCUUGCACAUUCUUAAAUUCUAUUCGACGGUUUUCAGGUAGUUGCCUAUUGUUCCAGAAGAUGCUCUAUCUUACGGCGCGAAACAAUCUUGGUUGGUUAUAUACCACUUUGAGGAAUAUUUCUAAGACUUGGACUCUCUAGGUACAAAUCGCCGCAAUUUAUCUUCCUGUUGCGUCAUGGCGGCUAAACCAGCUUCAGAUAGGCCACCCUCCAUCACAAUCCAUCUUAUACGCCAUGCUUCUGUAUUGUCUCCAUAUUUUUUCCUCGUGAAAGGUUUGGCAUGGCUGAUUUUUGAAUAGUCAGAUUACCAAGAAGGUGGAGCCGACUUUGGCUUAUCUUCCAAAGGAGAGCGCCAAUGCGAUGAGCUCUACGAAAACAUGCGGAAACACGCAGGAUAUAUCACAAAUAUCUUCUCUUCGCCUAUGAAACGAUGUGUAGAAACUGCACGAAAGGGACUACUUGAGGCGACAGGAAGAGGCGACAGAAUUCAAAUCAUGCCCGCACUUGCUGGAAGAAAUGGUAAUAGACCUUGGACUUUACGAGAGGAAAAUCAGGAAGAAGAUGUUAGUGGUCCUUGGGUUAGUGAGGUGGCAGAUCCUAGAUCAAAGACCAAGGAUGCUGAUUUCGUCAUGGGGUGGUUGACGGGGAAGGAUUUAUCUUUACAGGAGGCUCAAAAAGUGCUGGAGGUUGUGGUAGUGAGCCAAGCGCAAUUAUUGCAAGAUCUGUUAUGGAGAAUCAAAGGAGGUGAGUCACUGAUGUCUGGAUUCGAAGUUGUGGACCCCCCCUCAAAAUUUGUAGGCAGACAUGGCUGGCCCAAUGCAACUGUCUUCACCUAUUCGUUGGAUGAUAAAGGAAAAUGGACUCAUUGUCAGCACCAGAAAAAUAUCGAUAUUCAGAGAGUGCUUCAACAAGUCUGGAGAAGAGGAAUUGGAGACGCGGCUAUUGAGGGGCAAAAGAGGGAAGAGACAAUCAAGAAAGAGAAGGAAGUGUCAAGCAAGAAGAAGGAAGAAGAAUCUAUUCAGGCCGAAAAUGCAAAAUUAGACAAAUAGAAACGGGACUUGCUAGAGGCGCAGGUUAGUUAUCCAUAUUUUACCAGCCUGCAGGGUUUGCUCAAGCAGAAGAUCGAUACUAAUUUCCCAGGAUUCCAUACUCGUGGUUGAUCGCGAAACCAAUGAAAUCGUUACGUUUGGGGAAUUCCAGAAAUUACUCAAGGAACGAUAUGCCAAAGAGUUCCAAGAAACUGCGAAGCCUGCCGCAAAAAGAAGAAGAAGAAGACGAUGACAGCAACAAUGAAGUCAGCCGUGAAACCAUCCUUUGUACGACUAGCACCAAUAUUGUGGAAUUCAAUGCUUGAAAUACGUAUGCAUCACUUGAGCAAACUUUGUAGGUGAAAGUAAGAGAUAUAAAUAUCGCUAUCGAGAUUCGGGAACCUUCUGGUUUGAAGCCUUCUUUCUUUGGCAUGGAAAAGCUGGAAAGAAAUACAGCACUUGUCUAA